AUGGCAUACAGAGAUAAGGCUGGGACUAAUUUCGAUAUAGAUCUGACUCCCAAUGGGACAGGAGGUGUAGCUACCCAUCUACGGCAAACCUCAAAACCACACAAUCUACACCUCAAUCCUCAUUGGCGAUCACAUUCAGAGCCAUUGGGCCUAAAAGUCACACACAAUAGUCGACGUCCCUUGACUACUGAUAAUGAGAUCACCCAUGUUUCCGAUAGUGAAGAAGAUUUAGAACUACUACGACCAAUGAGUGCCACUUCACAAUCAACAUAUCUAACUAGGUUGAACUCAGUAUUGCCAACGUUCACAAUGGAGGAUGACUACUUGACCAACAACGACAGUGGGACGGUACAAUCGCAAUUGAGUAAUGAAAAUUUCCAUUGUGUUGAUUUUGCCCUGGGCAGUGAUGAGAGGUAUUGUGCGGGAGACAUACCAGAAAAUGAAACUCGAUGCACAAAUCGUGGUUCAUCGUUAUCGGUCAAUGAUGGAUUGCUGAAGUGCGGAAGUGCGGGAAAAACUAGUGCAGAUCACACCAGUGUUUCAAAUGACGGCGAUGAUGAUGAUGUUAUACUAAUUGGAAGUAGUCAAGUCGUUACAAAGGAGCCUGACAGUAGUAUCUUCAAUUCGGAAAUGGAGAGAAACAUUGAUUUUGGUGAUGAGGAUACUACAGAGGAGUUGGACAAAAGGGAAUUGUUAAAAGAUGUGGUAGACUAUAGGAUUUUGAGCCCCAUUCAUGAACAAAAUUUUGAUCCCAAUGAGAUUGAAAGAUGUUCGACACCUGUAGCUGAUGAAACGAAGAUCAAGAAGGAAUCCGAAUUCUAUAUUUGUGGUGGUAAAGUCGAGCUGGUCUCGAGUCUUUAUAGUGAUAACAUGAAGAAGGAAGAAGUUUUGUUUACUGAUGUGAAAAUUGAACCAACUGAGGAAACCAAGUUGUACAAAAAAACAAGGACGGCCAAACCAUUUGACGUAAAGCAAGAGUAUUUACAGUCUGAAACCGGAGGUGGUGGUGCAAUGAAUUUGAAGAUUGAGCAAUCUCUGAAGAAAGCUAGAGUGUCUGAAACGAAGCCAAUGAUAGAAAGUAUGCAUCUAAAUAAUGCAAAGCAUGAUACUAAAGAUGCAAAAGCGAAAACAGAUCAGCUGACUCCUCGUGUAUCCGCUGCCUUAUCGACCUCAGACUUCUUUGGUCAAGAAAACAAACAACCGAUGAAACGAGUUCUCAAGCGAAAAAGAAUCGCAUCUAAACCUCUUUCUGCCAUUGUCAACACUCCAAAAACAAGAGUUGGGUUAUCCAAAAGAAUCAGGGUAGAGCCUCUACAUGAGAACAUUAAAAAGAGAAAUCCAUGA